UAUGACAAGGGAAAGAGUGGGUGGCUGGGUGGGGGAAACGGGCUGGUUUAAGGCGUUUGAACUCCCAGCCGAACUCAGCCGAAGGACUCUGACCCUGCUUGGCAAACACAGGAGAACAUUGUGCUUCUGUAGCUGCCGGAAAGCUGCAUCUCCGGUGACUGAGGAUCAACCAACUGCUUGGUGACAUUUUCAAGAAGAAACGAACCAUGGAAGAUCUGGUGACGGACCCCAGGUUCCCCCCUCAACUGAUGCGCCUGCUGAUUGACAACUACAGCAUUUCAGCUGCCUGCUUCUCCAAUCCACCAGCGGCACUGCAACUCCUUUACCAGCAGACCACCAUUGACCACGUCAUCACUGGCUUGCUGACCUUCCUCACCCUCUUUUCCAUCAUCAUCUUCAUCGAAGAAGCUGUGUACCUCUCCAAGAAGAUCAGCUGCCCUGUCAAGAUGAAAACUCUCAUUUGGAGCAGUUCAGCGCCCACUGUCGUCUCGAUAUUCUGCUGUUUGGGGAUUUGGGUCCCCCGCGCGAUGAUGGUGGUGGAGAUGGCCAUUGGCUCGUACUUUGCCGCCUGCUUCUAUCUGAUGAUGCUGGUCUUGGUGGAGGGCUUUGGGGGCAUGGACGCUGUGCUCAAGGCCCUGAAGGACACCCCCAUGGUGAUCAGCACUGGACCGUGCUGCUGCUGCUGCCCCUGCUGCCCCCGCAUCCUGAUGACCAAGCGCAAACUGAAGAUCAUGAUAUUGAGCACUUUCCAAUACGCUUUCUUGAAGACUGCCUGCUGCUUCCUCGGGCUGGUCCUGAGCACGGAAGGCCUCUACGACCCCUCCGACAUUUCAGAAGGGAGUGUGGCUCUUUGGAUAAACACUUUCCUCGGGGUGUCCACCCUCUUUGCUCUGUGGGGAUUGGCGAUCCUAUUUCGGCAGGCCAAGGAUCACCUUGCUGAACAGAACGUGGUGCCCAAGUUUGUUUGCUUCCAGGUGCUCCUCAUCUUGACAGCUCUUCAACCCUCCAUUUUCAGUAUCCUGGCAAAUGGGGGCCAGAUUGCCUGCGCCCCACCCCUGUCCGGCAAAGCAAGGUCGCAGCAGAUGAACAUGCAGCUUUUGAUCAUCCAGACCUUUCUUAUGACGGUGCUGGCCAGGAUGUAUUACAGAAAGCCAGACGAGAGACCAGCGUAUGGCCCAGUUGCACUUCCGGAAAGCAAAACAGAGAUCAGCAGCCACUGAGCAGGCCCAGAGAUCCAUCGGAUCCCAGAUCCACUGCAAAAGCAAAGGACACACUUGCAACACACUUCCCCUGGAAUCUCAAGAAACAAGAAGAAAGCAUUUCCCAGGAAACGUUCAGGGUGGAGGGGGAAGGAGGGUGGGUUACUGCUGGUUUCCGACAAGCGCAUGAUAUGGACACGCUGUUACCGUCCCUUCCAACACUUCACGGAUAAAAAUUGUGACAUGG